AUGCGCUCGCAAUACAGCCAAUUCGCCAUCGAUCUCGAGAACGCCGCCAACGCCGACGAUCGCCGCGUCGUCUUCGCGCACGCGUUCUCGUUCGUCGAGUCGCUCUACGGCGACGCGUGUCGCCUCAUCGUCGCCGUCGCGCUUCCGAUGACGCUCGUCGCCGUCGGCGUCGUCGAACGCGACGAGUGCCCCGACGCGCCGAUGCUGCCGGUGUGGUUGAUCGUGUUCGCCGUCGGCGUGCUGCUCGCCGAGCUCAACGCGUUCGUCGCCGAUCGUCUGAGGCGACACGCCGCCGAGAAGCAUCCGGAGCCGACGCGCGAGACGCCCGACGAGGCGCGAGCGCGCAAACAAAUCAUCGUCGACGAAACGCCGACGAUCGUCUUCGUCCUCGACGCAUUGCUCAUCCCAUUUUUGGUGGUCCAACUCAUCUGGAUCGCCCUCGGCUGCUUCUGGAUCAUCGACACGUUCGACGUCGACAAUCUCCGAUGCCAUUGGGCUCCCUAUUGGCUGACGCUCGUGUUCGCCUUCCUCACCGCCGUCGUCGUUCUGUCGGCGACGUGCCUCGCGUGCUACGUUCUCGGUCGAAUCGUCAAAAAAUCGUUGCGAUGA